AAGGGAGAGACAGUAGCCUUACGGACUCGGUCGAGGGCGAAAGUUUCACGCCAAAAGAGUGGUCUUCGUGGUUGUUCGGAGAGUGUUUGGUCUCCAACGUGAGAAGUAAAUCAUAAAUACAUAAACAGAAAAAAACGCCAAAAAUGUCAUUAGCCGGUUCGAUGCUCGGGGGCUUCCAGCUGCCCAUCACCAGACGAGGCCGUUUCCUCGAGGACGACUUCUUCAGCGGCUUCCAGAACAACUACAAGAGGGCCGUCGACGAUGUCCUGGACCGAUGGGGAUCCCGCAAGACCCUGGCAGACCGCUUGGCGUCCUACAGGAGGCUGAGGGAGAAGGACGCCUCCGACGACACCAAGGCAGCGACCAUCUCAGAAACAGACGAUGCUUACAUGAUCGUGCUGGACAUGAGCGACUUCGCCAGCGGGGAAAUAACGGUCCAAACAUCCGGGUUCUUCGCGGUGGUCGACGGCAAGGCUCCUCCACGUGUCUUCAACCGGCGCUUCCCUCUGCCGAAGACCGUGGUGAUUGACAGGGUCGUGGCAGACCUCUCGGACGACAACAUUUUGAAGAUCACGGCGCCGAAGAAGGGCGCCAAGGGCGUGGCCGUCAACCUGGAGGGCGAGCAGACCUCGGCCUCGACGCAACAGCAGGCGGCGCCAGCUGUGGAGGAGCAGAUCAUCCGAACCCAGACGGCGUCUUCCCUGAGCCAGGCCCCCGGCGGGUCACGGGUCAUCCCGCUGGAGGUGGAGGGCGAGGCCACGUCCUCCUCCACCGCCACGUCCUCCUCCAGCUCCAGGGUGGAGAGCGUGGCGCAGGCCGUGAAGAGCGAGGAGCUGAGCGCCGGGCGCCGCGGCUCCAACACGAGGAUCAUCCCGCUCAACAUCGAGGGCGACGAGGGGGACUCCUCCUUCUCGAGCUUCACCUCCACCUCCUCGCACAACCGCGUCCUCCCCAUCAAGCGCCGCGGGAGGUUCCUGCAGGACGCGACGUUCGAGAAGGUGUGGAAGGAUUUCGAGACGGCGCUGGACGAGGUCAUGGCUCGCAGGGGGUCGAGGACGGGGUUGGAGGACGACAGGAUGCAGUCCUACAAGAAUCUCCGCCAGUGUGUGCAGCAGGAGGACAACCAAGCGGCCAACGUGUCCAAGGAUGAGGGAGAGGUUAAGAUCGUGCUGGACGUGAAGGACUACGUGGACGGGCAUCUGGACGUGAAGGCGGAGGACGGGGCGAUCGUGGUCAAGGGCAAGAAAGGUCCUUGUUCCUUCGAGCGCCGGUUCUCAAUCCCGAACUUAUCUCAGCCAGACAAAGUCGCGGCGGCCCUCUCCGACGACGGCGUCCUGACGGUGACCGCCCCCGUGUAGUAGGCCCAGCGAGCGAUUGCGUGUUGGAGGGGAGGCGGGUGCCCAGAUUUUGACAUAUCAGCUAUUUUUGGUUUCUUUUUUCCGUCUUAAAACGUCCACGUCUGUUAAGGAUUAGACGGAAAAGAACUACACGAUUAAAAAAAAAGAACAAGUAUUCUCUUGUACAGUUAUCAAUGGCAACACUUAGUAGGUAUUUAUUGAGACCGGGUCUCUUUGGAUUUACUUUAUUUUAUUUGCUUUGUGCAGAUUUUCAGGACUGUAAGAGACAUCCUUCUCUGCAGUUCUUUCCAUCUUAUUCUGAUAGGGACUAGUCUGUCAUACGCAAGAUUUUCAUACAAAAUCAGUGGCCGUGUAAAAUGUCUUGUGUGCAAUAUGUUAAUGCGAUCGUCAAGAUUUAAGAUGCUGGUUCAGCUAAAAAAAAAAGAAGUCUACGGUGAUUUUCAGCGUGUUUGGGCAGCAGCAACUUCCACAGAGCGCGAGGGUGCUAAAGUGAAUAACCGAUACAAACAGCAAUCCAUAAGAAUAAGGGUUGUUGAGAAACGAGCCUUCUGUGAUUCAAGUUUACGGUUGAGGUCAACAGUACAGCGACUGUCAGAUGAGGUCUUUAGCGGCUGUUGAAUCCUGCCUGAUGGGUCGUUUGCUGGUAAAGGGCGAAUGUGGCCGCGGAGAGAGGGAGUGAAAAGGGGCAGCACCAACAGCAAGUCAUAAAUGCAAGGAACUAGCUGCUAUGUGAGGGGAUGUGGGGAAUAGUUACGUGAAUAACUGAUUGUGCUGAAUAAGUUUCAAGGAAGGGGCGAGGAAUGGAUAGGAGGAAAGCCUACCGAGGAAGCCUAUCCUAUUUUCAAUUACAAAGCCAGCUUAUGAAAAUAAUGCUUACACAACAAGGUUUAGUAUAUACGUGUAUUUUCGGUGCGCGCAUAUUAAGUACAUAUGCGAAGUAAAUACCUGAAAAUAUGAAUUAAAAACUAAAUACAUGAGUAAUAUAAGUAAAUGAUAAACUAUCUGACAACUAAUAAUGCUAUAACAAACUGAAAUUACAGAGAGAGAAGAGAAGGGGGGGGGAGGGAAAAGGGAAACUAUAACUUUGGAAGGCUUUCAAAUUACUUCGGAUUGUAUUCUUGUAUGUAUAAGAUAAUCGAGAUUUUGUCAUAUAUUUUUUGUAUGUUAUAUGAAAAUAAAAAUAAAAAAUUAUAUAAGAAUAAGUCAUUUAUACAUAAUUUUCAUCUCCUCUUUCUUCCCAGAAAUAAGAUGCAUCACAUUUUUUUUCUUUUUACAAGUUUAUUCAUAAUGACUAAUAAAUUACCAUGCUGAA